AUGAACUAUUACAACCAGAAAAUAAUAAACCGUGGAAAUAACCGAAAUGAGAAUAAUGACGAUUCCAAUUUCGGGCCCCACGAAAGCAACCUAAAUAAUAUAAACAGUGUUACAAACCCAUCUGUAAGUAAAAAAAUAUAUGAAGGUGGUAACUACAACAAGCCAAGUAACAAUGUGAUCCCCAGUGCCCCCUUUGAAAAUAAUUUCUACCAAAGCAGUGCUGCACCAAAAGGUUUUAACUUCACACAAAGUAGCGUAAGCGCAAGUGGAAGUGCAAGCGGCAACCACAACAGCGUGGUGACAAGCCCAUUUAGCAACCCCCCAAAUGCUAACCAAGAUGUGGGCUCAAGCGCGGAACCUUUUUUUGGAAAUUUUAUCUCAACAAAUAAAAAUAAAUUAAAAGAAAACCAACACAAGCGACAAGAGGAUGAAGAAGACGAGGAAGAUGAACCACCCUUAUUAGAAGAAUUAGGUAUCAAUUUUGACUUAAUUUCGAAAAGGAUGAAAUCUGUUUUUAUGUUUUACAAAAUAGACGACACGUUAUUCGAAAAUUCAGAUUUAUCCGGGCCGUUAAUCAUUGUGCUUGCCUUAGGGUUCAUACUGCUACUGGCCGGAAAAGCCUCCUUCAGUUACAUAUACCUGAUCGGAAUUGUUAGCAGUCUGAGCAUAUAUCUUCUCCUUAACAUGAUGAGCCAGAAUCUGACGUUGGACCUGUACCGUACGAUAAGCAUGCUGGGCUACGCACUGCUUCCGCUGGUCAUUUUGUCCUUCAUUUCAAUAAUUAUUAAUUUGAGGUAA